GGUUUCUUUCGCCGGUCCGUCCAGAAAAAUAUACAGUACACUUGCCAAAAAAAUAGGAAUUGUGUGGUGAAUCAAAUGAGUCGGAACAGAUGCCAAAAAUGUCGCUACGAAAAAUGCAUAACAGUUGGUAUGGACAAAAGUGCAGUGCGCGAGAAUCGAGGCCGACGACGAAAGAAAGACGCAGAUAAGUAA